UUUCUUCUGUGUCAAUGGGCCAUCACUGGAAUGAAAAGCAAUCCAAGAGAACCAGCAAGCAAACGAGCGAAGCCGAUUGAUCGAACCGAAUCCUGAUCGAGUUCCUUACUACGCCGAGGCAGUGAAGAAGCGCCACACAAUGGUGUCGUCGGUGGUUUCAAAAAUGGCGGUCGUCGUCCUUCUGUCGCGAUCGGCGCCAAAAGGAUUUGCGUUUUCGCCAUGUCGAAGAAGCCAUCGGUGGUGGUCCAGUUCCUUUCGCCACUCGGCAUCGCCACCGUUGGUUUCCCCCUUGCAACGAUCGGCAAGGAAUUGCGACGCAGCAACGCCGUCGACCGAGGAACCCCACCAGCGAGGGCAUGCACCGGGUUCCUCCCCACCACCCAAACGCCGAGACCAAAUCCUCCGGGCGCAAAAGUCCCUCGCCGGUUUGAUGGAGGCCUCGCGGCCGGGGCUGGAUCCAUCGGCCAAUCGGUUCCACGCUCCGCUGGUGUACCACGACGGGUACUCGUCGGUCCCCGAUUGGCCACCCAACCAUACCUUUCCCAUGAUGAAGUUCGAGAGGAUCGCCCACGCGCUGCUCACGACGACGUCCAAAACCGUUCCGACCUCCAACCUGCCACGCCCGCUGGUGCGUUCCAGGGAAGACUUUUUCCGGCCGCCGGACUUUGUGGACGUUCCGAUCGAGGAAUGGCUGGACCUCCUCAACAACAACAACAACGAGGACGGCUCGGAUCGAAGCGCGCAGUUUGGCCACCGCUUUCUGAGGGGAAAUCUCACGCGGGAGGAGGCGCGGACCAUCGGGUUUCGAGAGCAGACGCACCGGCCCGAGCUCGUGGAGCGCACCGUCCUCGAGAUCGCCGGAACCGUCCUCACCGCGAGGCUCGCCCUGCAGCACGGAAUCGCUGCCAACCUGGCCGGCGGGACGCACCAUGCCCAUCCGGAGGGAGGGGCCGGGUACACCAUCCUGAACGACCUGGCCAUUGCCGCCGAUCUGCUGACGACGUCCUCCAUGGUCCCGAGCGAUGGCGGCGACGGUGACUCGCCGUCGGAUUUCGAACCACCUCUGCAGAAAGGAGGCAACCCGGUCCCAACCCACGGAACCGAUGCGUUGCAUACUGAUGGCACCCGUGUCGAUAGGGUUUUGGUGAUCGACUGCGACGUUCACCAGGGCGACGGAACGGCACAGUACUCGACGCUCUGGGAGAGCGACCAGCGCCUCUUCACGCUGAGCAUCCACUGCGAAUCCAACUACCCGUUUCGCAAACACAACAGCACCUACGAUGUCGGCCUGCCCGACCACUGCUCCGACGAGGACUACCUGGCCGCACUGCAGGAAAGCGUGGAUCGCGCCAUCGCGGAGGUCCGCCCGGACCUGGUCCUCUACGACGCCGGCGUGGACGUCUACGAGCACGACAAGCUGGGGAGGCUGGACCUCUCCGAGGAGGGCGGGAUCCGGAGGCGCGACCGGUGGGUCCUGGACCGGUGCGUCUCCCUCGGGAUUCCGGUGGCGGCCGUCGUCGGCGGGGGCUACGACAGGGAUUCCCUCGACGCGCUCGGCCGGAGGCACGCCAUUGUGCACGAGGAGUGCGCCUACGUCUGGAGGAAGCACAGGCUGUGGCGAAAGGGCCGGUGACGCCGUGGUCGUUCCCCGUGUCUCGUGCGGGACACUAUGGGACACGGCACGAAACAGUGCAACGGAUGGCGCUUUGGGAAAUGUCUUGCGGCACGAGGAUUCCUGCUUUCAAACAGAGGACUUUUGUUGGUUUUGUGCCAAUUGUAAAUGUACAUCUAGUUUAAGUUUUAAUAUAUAGUUGCAAGCAGA